UUGACGCUGAGCGAUCGAGGGAGAAGCAGUUUUCUAUUGUGGCGAGGAUUGAGUUUACAGUUGUACAGUUAUAUAAUUUCGUUCUCGUUUGGUGUCUUGACAGCGGAUACCGUCUGUGCUAUUGAUAAGCAGCCGUAUACGUCGGAAUGGCCGAACAGAGUGCCAGGUAUCAGCAGCUGCCCAAUGAGGAGGACCCAGAGGAGAGUCCACAGGCUGUAGCUGAUGCUCCACCUCCGUACAGCAGUAUCGCAGCGGUCAAUGCUGCAUUCUUUGAAUACAAGGAAGAUGGGGCUUUCCCCAAGCCCCCGUCAUACAACGUGGCAACGACGCUACCUUCCUAUGAUGAAGCAGAAAGAACCAAGGCUGAGACUACUGUUCCCUUGGUAACCGGAAGACAGCAGACUCAGCACAGGGAACGCCUGGAGACUUUUGACGAUGUAAUUCGCAGUUCACUGGAGGAUGAUGAAUUUGUGACCAGAGAUGACUUUGAAGAUGCCGAUCAGCUGAGGAUAGGAAAUGACGGCAUCUUCAUGCUCACUUUCUUCAUGGCAUUCCUGUUCAACUGGAUUGGUUUCUUCCUGUCCUUCUGCCUGACCACCUCAGCAGCCGGCCGCUACGGGGCCAUCUCAGGCUUCGGCCUCUCCCUCAUCAAAUGGAUCCUAAUAGUCCGGUUCUCCACAUACUUCCCUGGUUAUUUUGACGGACAGUACUGGCUGUGGUGGGUGUUCCUGGUGUUGGGCUUCUUGCUCUUCCUUCGAGGAUUCAUCAACUACGCCAGAAUCCGCAAGAUGGCCGACACCCUCUCCACCCUGCCCCGCACCCGGGUCCUCUUCAUCUACUGAGAUCAGAGAUCAGCAUCAUCAUCACCUUUUCCUCUCUCUCUUUUUCAAUGAGACAUACCCAUUAGUAUGUCUUCUUGACAUGAUUUGGACAAUUCAGAGCCUGUCGUCCCCUCUUGGUGUAAAAUAGUGAAUGCUGACACUUCUGUAAAACCUUUAAGUUGUUAGUGGUUAAAUGUUAAGUGCUAUUUACAAUUAUGAAGUGAGUGACGUACAAAUUAAUGCCUUAUUUACGGUUUCUUCGUAGCAGCAGCAUGCACUGUUUUCUUGUUGGCCACCAGGGGGCAGUCUUGCACAUGUUAUGAUUUUUUCCAUCAGUCUUCGAUAUGAUGAAGUCAUUUGUAUAGAAAAAAAGUGUUUCUCUGCCCAAGGGUUGGUGGGAAAUUUGGGGGUUAUGUGUUGAUUUAUGCAAUGUGAAUUAAUGUAUUUUAACCUUUCUGAUUAUUGCUUUUUAAUUCCUUGUGAAAUAAUAUAUAUUUUCAGUUUGCUGAGUUUAUCAGGUAAAAUGUGUCUGAAAAGGGAACAUGAUCAGCCGGGGUCUUCUCUGAGAUCUCCUUUGACGUUAUAUUGGCCGGUUUUCUCAAAGCAGUUUCCCCCAUGAAUUAACUGUUGUAGAUUAUUCUGUGCACUGUACUUAGAAAUGUGUUUUCCCUCUGUUCUGUACAUGUGAGGGGUGUCAGUCUGUAUCGUUGGAUGCAGAGCUUCUAUUACAGACUGGUGUUUACUGCCUUGCUCAUGGACAGUGCAAAGAUGAGUGGUUAAAUAAUAAGUCUGUCACUGGAAUCAGAUGUACAAUUGGACGUUUCUGCUCAAAUAAAUGAUCCCAAAGUCCUGUCCAAGUCACUGGCACCCCACUGUUUUUCAACGAGGGAAAAAAUGUUGGUACUUACAGAUGUUGGUAGGAAUCCCUGCCCUGUGAAGAACAAGAAAUAGAUUCGUGGUUUUUUUUCAUGACCUAACAAUGAAAUAUUAAAGUUACUGUUUUUAUUUUGA